AUGGGUUGGUUCUGGGCAGACUCUCAAACAAAGCCCGCGCCCGCGGCUCCGCACCCUGUGCCAUCUUCAGAUGCCUCUCCUCCCCCAGGAUGUCCUAUGCACGCAUCUAACACCACACCGGCAAUGCCAGCCCCGUCACCCGCCUCCGAACCUCCCAGUGCCUGUCCAGUCCGGUCUACAGAUUCCCCUUUCUAUGUGCCUCCGAAGUCCAAGUCCCCGGAGUCGCAGCCUCCCUCGAACCCAGCUCCCAGCUCUGACUCGCGAUCUACGCUCUCAAAGCUGAACCCUCUCAACUACAUGUUCGCCUCGAUCUCCCAGGAAAGGGCGCCCAACCAGACUGUAGAUCUCCCGGUGGAGCGAGAAGUUUCGUCCAUCCCCAGAUCCGAUAUGAACGAGAACUGGGAAUAUCCUUCCCCCCAGCAGAUGUACAACGCCAUGCUGCGCAAAGGUUACACCGAUACCCCGCAGGAUGCCGUGGAGGCCAUGGUUGCUGUUCACAACUUCUUGAAUGAGGGCGCUUGGGAUGAGAUUGUUCGGUGGGAGCGUAUAUUCUCCAAGGGUUUGGCAGAUGGCUGGGAGAAAUGCCGUCGCGGAGAGGAGAACAUCGUGAUGGACGAGCUUAAGGAGCAGAUGUCUAGGGCUCCCAAGCAGGAUGUUCCUCCGCCGCGACUCAUCCGAUUCCAGGGUCGUCCGCAAGACCUAACGCCCAAGGCACGGAUCCUUCAGGCUUUGGGCUGGGUGUAUCCUGCCAAAUUCGAGUCAAACCCACCUUUCGAUCGCCACGAUUGGUUUGUAAUGCGGCAGACGCCAUCCGGUCCUAAGGAAGUCCGUUAUGUUAUUGACUACUACUCCGGUCCUCCCGAACCCACCGGAGAGCCUGUUUUCUACUUGGAUAUCCGACCGGCCCUGGACACCCCAACUGCCGCUGUUGAGCGACUAAUGAGAUGGGGAGGAGAUGUCUGGUGGCGUGCCAGUGGCGCCUCCGUUCGGGAAAAUUAA